AUGGCCAAAAGUAACAGCAUUGAAUUAUCACCAUUGAGAAGUCUCGAUGAUUUCCUAUUAGGCUCGGCCAGAUUUCAACUACCAAAUUAUAGGGAUAUGGAAAAAUGGGGGAAUAGAGUUGUACAAAAUUUAUUAUACUAUCAAACAAAUUAUUUUCUCAUGUCAAUUAUUAUGAUACUCGUUGUCACCGUUUUACAUCCAGUUAAAAUGGCUUGUGGUGGUUUGACAAUACUUUUAAUGUAUGCCUUAUUCUCAUUUUUAAUGAAUUCUACAAGCUCUGUCACAAGAUUGAAAAAAGAUUAUCCAUUUUUGGGGAUUUGUCUUAUGAUUGGUGGAGCAUGUCUCAUGGUUUACAUGUUGGGAUCAUUAUUGGUUUUUCUUUUCGGAAUACUUUUACCCAUUUCUGCGACAUUCAUUCAUGCAUCACUAAGGCUUAGAAACAUAAUGAAUAAAUUAUCGACCAUUGAAAGGGUUGUUUCAAACAGGACACCGAUGGGAGUUUUCUUAGAAUCUCUCGAGAUUAACUUAUUAAAUAUAUUUAUCGUUUGUUAG